AUUAAGUUCUCAACUUCUCCGAAGUUUGAUCUAUAUAAACCCUGGAGUAUGGAGUUCUGUUCUAUCACAUCUACAAUCAUUCUCAUUUCCAUUGAUAAACCCUUUCCAUUUACGCUUCAUCAUCAUGGGCGAAAAUUUGCGAAGAGGGAUACAGAACAUUACACUUGGUGCUGACGAUCCGCCGGUGGCUUUACCAACCUAUGUUAUUAAUGAAGCGGUGGCUGAGAACAGAUUUGUUCUUAUUGGAAGACCGGUGAUGCCUAGGAGACAAAACAUAAGGGCGAUCAUUGCAACUCUACCGAGAAGUUGGGGUUAUGAAGGAAUCCAAGGGCGACUUGUGGAAGGCAGACGUUUUCAGUUUGUAUUCCCUUCUGAAGAGUCAUUAGAAAUGGUGAUUCGCAGGGGUCCGUGGGCUUUUGCAGACCGUAUGCUAAUUAUGGAGAGGUGGACUCCGGAUUUCAAUCCUCUGAUGCUCAACUUCAUUCCUUUUUGGAUCCAGAUCCGAGGAAUCCCAUUCCAGUACAUGAGCCAAGAUGUGGUCAUUCACAUAGGGCGGGCGCUUGGUAUGUAUAUGGAAGUGGAUUACAAUGCUGAGGUAACGGCCAGGAGAGAGUAUGCUCGUGUCCGUAUUAAUUGGAACGUUGAUGAACCUUUGCGCUUCCAGAAGCAGUUUCAAUUCCUUCCAGGGAUCAACACCUUAUUGAGAAUCAACUAUGAGAGACUUCGUGGUUUCUGUGAGGUCUGUGGAAUGCUGACUCACGACUCUGGGGCUUGUUUAAUUCAGAAUGGAGGGCAAGACAAUGCUGAUGAAGAUGACGACAAUGGGAGUGAUGAUGAUAAUGCGGGUGAUGGUAUGGCAAAUGAGCCUGGUUUGAUUAUUGAAGAAGUUGUGGAAGCCGAAGAACAAGCCGCUGCUGCAAGAGUUCCAGAUGAGGUUCUACAGGAAGAGUAUGAACGGGGAAUUGCUGCUAUAGAAGAGGAGGCUGAUGAGGAAGCACUAUGGAAUGGAGAGACACGGCCAACGCUACCCUCUGAGGAUAUCAUUAUGGGGGAAAUGUAUUCUCCAUUCACGCUAACUGGAGAGCGCUGUGAUGGCUUGGAAGGGCUGAAAAGAAAGGCUUGGAUGGAAUCAGCUGCUGGUAACGUGGAUAAAUUUAACAGUUAUGAGCAAGGAGAAACUAGCGAGAAGAGGUACACUAGAAGAAAGAAGAUGGCUGUUUCGAUCAAUGUAGUUCCUGAAGAAACCCGGAACAAUGAAGAUUCAUCUGCUAACACCAAUGUGGGAGGCGCGGUGGGCCCUAAACCACCACAGCCGCCAUGAGGACACUCCGCUGGAACUGUCGAGGUUUAGGCAUUGACUCGACAGUUCGACGCCUUAAGGAGAUCAACCGCAUGUAUCUCCCGGACAUCAUAUGCUUAUCGGAAACAAAGCAGCAAAGUGAUUAUGUUAGAGAUGUUGGGUCUCAGUUAGGAUUUCUUUCUUAUGAAAUUGUUCCUCCAGUAGGUGUAGGUGGAGGUUUAGUAGUUUAUUGGAAGCAGAAUCUUCAGUUAUCUAUUCUCAGUCA